AUGAGGAAGCUCAAGUUCCAUGAGCAGAAGCUUCUCAAGAGGACCAAUUUCUUGGAGUACAAGAGGGAGGGCGGCCACCGCGAGGCGCUCGUCACACAGCGCUACGGCCUCGUCGAGAGGGACGACUACAAGAAGUACAACGGGAUAUGCUUAAUGGUGCAAAAGCUUGUUAACAUCAUAAAGCAGAUGGACCCAAGAGACCCUUUCAGAAUCGAGAUGACAGACAUGCUUCUCGAUAAGCUGUAUAAUAUGGGUGUAAUUUCAACAAAAGAGAGCUUGAUAAAGUGUGAGAAACUUUCAGUGAGCGCCUUCUGCAGGCGGAGACUUGCGUCAGUUAUGGUGAAGCUCAAGUUUGCAGAGCACCUUAAGGAGGCUGUGACAUACAUCGAACAGGGGCAUGUGCGGGUCGGUCCAGAGACAGUCACAGAUCCAGCCUUUCUUGUGACCAGAAACAUGGAGGACUUCAUCACUUGGGUGGAUUCCUCAAAGAUCAAGAGGAAGGUCAUGGAGUACAAUGAUGCAUUGGAUGAUUUUGAUGCAAUGUUCUGA